UCCCUCUCUCACCCUCCCUGUGCAGCGAGAGGGGGGAGUCGCAAAACACAUUAGACAGCGGCAGUAGCAGCGUGCGGCUCCGGUAGCUGUUCGUUACCCUCCGUUCCCUUCGUUGCCUCUCCAUGAACAUGCACAAAUGCAUACUCCCCUAUCCCCUAUGAAACCAUAACACAGCCCAGCCACCAUCAUCAUCACCAUCCCGUUUCUUCCAGACUCAUUCUUCGGUUAUCACAUUUUUUUGUUUCUGGAACCCCGUUGGGAAAUACAACAUUGAGCCAACGCUGCGAUUCGUUUUUUUCUACCCUUUUCUGAAUGACGGGCGGACGGUUUGACUUCGACGAUGGCGGCACUUACUGUGGCGGCUGGGAGGAUGGAAAAGCUCACGGACAGGGGAUCUGUACGGGACCCAAGGGUCAGGGCGAAUACGCCGGGUCCUGGUCCAACGGCUUCGAGGUAGUUGGGGUUUACACUUGGCCCAGUGGCAACACCUACCAGGGGUACUGGGCGCAAGGGAAGCGACACGGGCUUGGUGUGGAAUCCAAAGGAAAGUGGAUCUAUCGUGGAGAGUGGACUCAUGGGUUUAAGGGACGGUACGGAGUGCGUCAGUGCCUGAACACACCUGCAAGAUACGACGGCACGUGGACUAAUGGUCUUCAGGAUGGAUACGGAGUUGAAACAUACGGUGAUGGGGGUACGUACCAGGGCCAGUGGCAGGGCGGGAUGCGGCACGGGUACGGCGUCCGGCAGAGCGUGCCGUACGGGAUGGCCACGGUGAUCCGCUCGCCGCUGCGCACCUCCCUGGCGUCGCUGCGGAGCGAGCAGAGCAACGGCACGGUCCUGCCCGACAUCACGUCCGACAGCCCCGCCGGCACGCGCGGCGGCUUCGUCCUCAACUUCCACAGCGACAGCGAGGCGGGCGGGGCCGGAGGGAAGAAGAAGGGCCUGUUCCGCCGCGGCUCACUCUUCGGCAGCCUCAAGCAGCUGCGCAAGUCCGAGUCGCGCUCGUCCAUCUCCAGCAAGCGCAGCUCGGCCCGCAGCGACGCCGCCAUGAGCCGCAUCAGCUCCAGCGACGCCAACUCCACCAUCAGCUUCGGCGACGGCGAGCUCCCCGACGACUACGCGCCCGCCGAGGACAACGUGGACGCCACCACCACCGAGGCCUACAUGGGCGAGUGGAAGAACGACAAGCGCAACGGCUUCGGGGUGAGCGAGCGCUCCAACGGCAUGAAGUACGAGGGCGAGUGGACCAACAACAAGAGGCACGGCUACGGGUGCACCCUCUUCCCCGACGGCACCAAGGAGGAGGGGAAGUACAAAAACAACGUCCUGGUGCGCGGGAUCAGGAAGCAGCUCAUCCCGCUCAAAAACACUAAAACCAAAGAGAAGGUGGACCGGGCCGUGGAGGGCGCUAUACGGGCGGCCGCCAUCGCCAGGACGAAAGUGGAAAUAGCAGCUUCCAGAACCGCGCAUGCCAGGGCCAAAGCAGACGCUGCUGACCAGGCUUCAAAGAUCGCCAUCCAGGAUGCCGAAAUUGCCAGAGCAGUGGCCAGGGACCUUUCUCCAAGUUUUCACCAACCAGGGCCGGAUUAUAUCAGACAGAGGUUCAGUGAUCCCAGGGAUAUCAAGGAGGUCCCGGUAGAGAAAAAGAAAGAGAAAUCCCCCACGGGAAGCCCUCACUUUUACCGAAAAGGCACGACGCCCACCCAGACCCCCAACCAGAGCCCCAACCAAAGUCCCUGCCCCACUCCUCCGCCCUCGCCCCACGCCAGCAAGAAGCACCAGUACAACAGCAUCCCCCCCGCCGCCAAGCCCAGCCGACCGGCCGCCAUCGAGGCUCCCCCUGCCACCAUCACCAAGGCGGGCUCCCGGACUACCGUGAGGCAGGAAGUGGCCCCGCCCAAGCAUCCGAAGAAGGCGGAGCACGCCCACGUCAACAGCCCCGGGAACGGGCAGCUGCACUCCGACUACCACAGCUACCUGGUGAGGGCGGACGUGAAGGUCCCGCCGGAGGAGCCGGACGAGGAGGCGCAGCCGAGUCAGCCCGCCCCCGCCGCCAAGCCCCAGACCCAGCCGGCCAGGGCCUACCGCGCGCCCACCCCCAAGCCCGCAGCAGCCAAAGACAGCAGGCCCGAGCCAAAGCUUAAAAAACAGGAAUCCCUGAAGCCAAAGAGUCUUGCCGAGACCAAGAGAGCCAGCACGGAGGUCUGUGAUGUCGUCAAGGAGGAGUCUGGUCCAAAUUCCAUCUUGGUCGCCCUCGUAAUGCUCCUGAAUAUUGGUUUAGCAAUUAUUUUUGUCCACUUCUUGACCUGACCUGAUGGAACCACAACAGAGUGAAGUCGUGAAAACUAGUGGCGUAGGCCCUAAUUCUCUGCAAGGCGUGUCAACGGCCUUAACAAAAUGGCGCCAGGCAGUCUGAGGCUCAGUCGGAACAGGAGGACUGGAAAUAGAGUGAGACCCAGGAGAAAGGGGGAGAGAGAGAGAGAGAGACAAGACGAGACGAACAUUCGGCCUGGGGGGGUGGAGGGUGGGAGUGCUCCUCGGCGCCCCCUGGCCGCGAUUUGCGGCUCGUCGUCCUUUUAGGCCCUGCGAAAGCCGAAGCGAGCGGGCGCUGGCCGCGCAGUAUUACAAAAAAAAAAAAAAAAAAAAAAAACA